AUGACUCGCGGAAACGCACACCAGGUUAAGGUCCACUACCGGGGCAAGAGCGACGACUACCUCAUCUUCGUCGAAAAUGCUCAGAUAGUUAAGGACUGGUUGAAGGACCGCAGCAUACCGCUGGCACAGGUGGUGAACGGCUUCAAGAUCUUCGUCACACACAAGCAAGGGAAUCAGGGCAACUUCGACGGCGCCAGCGACGCGCAGCUCAAUUCGGAGUUUGGCACGCACAAGGCGGAAGAGGUCAUUGCGCAGAUCCUGGAGAAGGGGACGAUUAUAGAGACCGAGAAUCCGGGACGUGUGGCUAGCCGGAACCUCACUCAAGGAUCUCUAGUCUCGCACAACUAG